AGCCAGGGCUGCAGUGGUAAUAGUCCUCAUUUGUUUGUGUCACACACAGGAUUUAUUUGCAGGAAGAGUCUAGCUCCAAAGAGAAAAUGAAUAGCCAAUAUAUACGUCAUGAAGUGCGGGGAUGUGAAACUAGUGACCUGAGGAACUUCUGGGAAAAGACUAUUGAACAACAAACUCGGUACCUGCAAAUUGAAAAAGAACGUCAGCGAAGAAGUGCUCUGACAAAGCUCAGAAAUGAAUGGAUGGAGAGGCUGGAGAAACGCAUAAAGAUGUUGAGGACUCAACCUGAAGAUUCAUCUAAUUGAAGAUCCCACACUCACUACACGUUUGGAGGGAAAAGAAAAUUGUUUUGUAGGAAAGCGUGAUGGUGUGAUGUAAAAGCUUAAGUCAAUUUUCCUUUGUGGCUUAUAUGAGCAAUAAUUAAUUAGCUGUCGUUGACACAAGUUUCAUAUGUGAAACGUCUAUUGCUGCUUUUAAGAUUAUGCACCCAUCCCUUCAUUAGAUAAACAGAGACUAAAGUACUCUAAAGUUUUCAAGACUAAUAAAUCAUGGUUCACUGAACUCUAGAUGUCUGGAAAAAUUUAGUUAUACAAUUAGGA